AUGAAUCCUCCCAAUCCACCAAAUGCUCCAAAUGGAGGGGCACAGCGACCAGUGCGCCAGAUCAGAGGCCCUCAAUCUGCCUUGACCGACUUUCUAGCUUCCCACAACAUCAACGCAAACCAGAUUCGACAAGAUGCAGAUGCACGGAGAGCAGCGGCUUUGGCCUCGAGGCAAGCAGGCGAUGACGACGAGAACACUGCUCCCACUCCACCAUCCGAAGAUGAGCCUGUCACCAUUGCGAGAAAACGGGAAUCAAAAGCGCAGACUGCGAAGAGAAAGAAGGAAGAAGAGAAAGCAAUUGCCAAGAUCAAGGCAUCAAAACAGUUCCAACGCAAAAGAGCAGCAUACGGUUCAGACAGCGAUGUAACAGACGAAGAUGAGGCCGCAAGAAGACAAUUCGAGGAAAGUCAUGCACCAUUACCAGCACAAACGGAAAACUGCGAAAUCUGUGAAAAACGUUUUACUGUCACCGGGUACAGUAAGAAAGGUGAAGAUGGCGGAUUACUUUGCCCGAAAUGCUCAAAGGAAUUAGACAAGGAACAAGGUGCAGAGAGGAAGCGACGGAAAACAGCACAAGGACGUCAACGAAGACAAGUACAGAGUAAUCUGCUCGACGGCAUCUAUCCAGGAGCAAAAGACCUCAUGACGAUAUGCAUAGAGACUCUUGCUAAAAAUGUUGAUAUCGCCGAGGAUCUGGGAGACUUGCCAGAUUCGAUGGUCAACAGAUUGUCUAGUAUACUGUCAAAGAGGAGAUUGAUGAAUUCUACCACCCUGAAUCUAUUCUUGAAGAUGGGAAAAGAUACAAUCAACAUCCACGAAGGUGCCAAACUUACGGCAGACGAUUAUAUCAGAGUAUUCCAAUGGACGCCUACCGUCAAAAAUCUUCUUGUAAAGGAUGGAAUUCAAUUCAAAAACAAAGUCAUGGAUCAUUUGAUAGAUUGUCCAGUCAAGUUGGAAUCAUUCAGCAUUCAUGGAUCGAAUCUUAUCGACGACGACAGAUGGAAUCGCUUUCUCCAAGAGAAAGGAUCAUAUCUGAAAGCUCUCAAAGUAUACUACACAGAUGGCCACUUUGGAGAUGAACAACUCGAACUCCUCCCAAAGACCUGUCCAGAUCUUAAAAUCCUCAAAGUCUCACACAACCAAAAGGUGACCGACGCAGGAAUCGCCCAUCUGGCCAACCUCAACAAACUCGAAAAACUGACCCUCCAAAUCUACAAACCCACAACAUCUAAACCAUACGUGAAAGUAAUCGACGCCAUCGGCUCUAGCCUCCGCACCCUCUGCCUCGACGCCGUCCAUACAAUCAAUGACAAAGUCCUCGAAUCCAUCCACAACAACUGCCACAACCUCACCAAACUCCGUAUCACCGACAAUGAAGUCCUCACUGACGCCGCCUUCGCCACUCUCUUCACCAACUGGUCCAAUCCCCCACUAACCAACAUCAACCUCUCCAAAUGCCGACACAUCGACGCCGCUGACCCACGCGACAACCCCUCUAGCAUCGGUCUGGGCUCCGCCGGUUUCGUCGCCCUGAUGGUCCACUCCUCCAAAACCCUCCGCUACCUAGACAUCCACUCCUGUCGCCACAUCUCGCUCGAAACAUUUGAAUCCGUCUUCAACCCCACCGAAAAAACAUAUCCCGAGCUAAAGAAAAUGAAUCUUAGUUUCUGCAGUAAUGUAAAUGAUUUCGUCGUCCAGAGUAUCUUUAAAUGUUGCCCAAAUCUGGAAACGCUCGUUACGUUUGGCAAUUUCGGGGUUAGGGAUGUGAGGGUGCCGAAGGGGAAGAUUUUGAUUGGCGUGCCGACGGCGAUGGGGAUGCAGAUUGAGGGGACGGAGGAUGGGGAGGGGAGGGUGAUUUAG